UGUGUGUGUGUGUGUGUUUGUGUUCUCGUUUGCGCGCCCGCGCGCUUCGUAUGAAACAAUAAUAUUUUUCAAUUUAAAUGACACAGUGAGAUACAUUGUUUCACCCAAACGGCCGCGUAGUACGUAUUUCUUCCGAUAUCUACGUCCAAGAACAAACGGUGGCUAGCAUAUUUUAUCCGCCUCCGCCGCCCGAUCGACUUGUUACACAUUAUUUAACCAAAUAUCCGCUCCGCCGUUUUUGUCUACUCUCUACCAGUUCGAGAACUCGUUCCCUAAUUAGCUCGAUAACUCCGUUCCCUAUCUAGCUUGAAAACUCACUCACCUGCUCGCCCUACACCACCACCUCUUGGUGACUAUCCCUUCGUGGUGUAUCCAUCCUGACGCACAGAAAACUCAUCGCUGUUCGCUUACCGUAAAUAGUUCCAAAGCGUCUGAGUCCAAGAUGUCUUCUUCACAGUAUUCGUAUAUAUUCAAGUACAUCAUAGUUGGAGACAUGGGUGUCGGUAAAUCAUGUUUGCUGCACCAAUUCACCGAGCAAAAGUUCACUGCUGAUUGCCCGCACACCAUUGGUGUAGAAUUUGGAACAAGAAUCAUUGAAGUAUCUGGGAAGAAAAUUAAACUUCAAAUCUGGGAUACAGCUGGACAGGAACGUUUCAGAGCAGUAACAAGAUCGUACUAUCGUGGAGCAGCUGGAGCAUUGAUGGUGUAUGACAUAACCAGACGUUCUUCUUAUAAUCAUUUGAGUAGUUGGUUAUCUGAUACUCGCAAUCUUACGAAUCCGGGAACUGUGAUUUAUUUGAUUGGGAACAAAUUGGAUAUGGAAAGUAAUCGAGAUGUGUCCUAUGAAGAAGCCAAGCAAUUUGCUGAUGAAAAUGGAUUAAUGUUUUUGGAAGCAAGUGCCAAAACCGGAGAGUAUGUAGAAGAUGCUUUCCUUAAAACUGCUCAGAUAAUUUAUGAAUGCAUUCAAGAUGGAAGACUUGACUUGAAUGCUGCUGAUUCUGGAGUACAACAGAAAAUCCUUCAAUGUGAAACCAAUCCAAAUGUGGAAAAAGAUAAAUCUUGUAUGCAAUGUUAAGCAAAAUAUUGUUGGAUGGAAUCUUUUAAUUCUAUAUAAUUUUAUUAUAUGUGCUAUUUUUUCUGUCUUAAAUUAUUAUAAUAAGUUUCGUAACAUUCUUUAUUAGUAGGUAUUAUUUGUUAUCAGUUUAAUUUAUAUCUAUUGGAUCAUACACAAAUUCACAUUUGCCCACUCAUAUGUAUAUAUAUGUGUGUUUAUAUAUACCUUAAUUGUUUUAAAACUUAUAUUUAAUUUGUAUAAUUAUUAUUAACUUUCUCAACUAAAGAUAAAUAUAUUAUAAGAAAUUGUUAAUCGAAUUGUAUUAAGUACAUUUAUAUUGAUGUCACAUAUUAUAAAUGUAUGCAUAUCUAACGUUUAAAAUGAAUGUGUAAAAUAUAUUAUAUAAGUUUUUUUUUUUUUGGUAAAUGCUUCAAUAGUCUUUAAGUAUUGUAUUUACUAUUUUCACAAAUGUUAUUUACCAAAAUCAAAUUAAAAACUAAAUCCUUUUAUUGUCCUAUAAUAUUGAUUAUUGUUAUUUUAGACAAUCUUUUAUUUAACUUUUGUAAAUUGUAUUUUAUAUACCAACAUCAGCCAUAUUUAUCAGUAUUGCAAAUUUUAAAGUUAGAAUGUCUAACACAUUAUAACUUACAUUUUUAAAUCAUAAUUGAUUUAAUAAAUGAAUGCCUGUUUGUCAUCAACAAUGCUGGUUAUUAACAAGGAA